AUGUCAAGUUUUCAUCGUAUCCGUCAAACAUGGCGUCGAUCACUUGGUUAUUUGGGUAUAUUCGGUGUCACAACUGUAACUAUCAUCAAUACCACACUGCGGUAUAAUGAUCAUAUUCAAGUGCAUGAUGCGUUUUCAAAUCAUACACAUCAACAAAAAACAAGACAUAUUUUUUCCGGAAUGCACGAUCCAUUUAUUACUACCGAUUUACAUGAACUAGAACUAUUUCAGAAGCAUUUUUCACAAUUCUCCCAUUUAUUUUAUACGGAUCGUGAUAUUCUGAAGCAAAAAUAUGCUUUAAAAACCCCUGUCAAGAUUCGACCACUUACAGAAUGUCCUAUACUAUUUCCAUCAUCCCUUUGUAAUCAGAAAACAUUGAUUGUUGGUGGUCCACCAGCAUUAGUCACUGGUAUCUCUAUGGUGAAAACUGAAAAAGAUUUAACUUAUAUCAAUGAUGAACGACGAAUACCGAUCGCUUUCGGUUCUGCUUGGCAUUUAGAACAAGAUGCGGAGUCAGAAGCACCCACUACUUAUCGACCUACGAGAUUCCUAGUCGAACAACUCAUUCGUGCCACAUUUCGAUACGUUAGUUAUGCAUCGAUUCAGCAAACCGGUCACUUCCCAUGGAGAACAUUGGACUACGUCGGUUGGCUACGACAUCCUGAUCAUUGGCUUGUUGGCUUUAAAAUAAUAUUAGCCUAUCAAUUUUUUACUAUGUUUGAAGAUCGAACAGCAAUGUUGAAAAAAGUCGCCGCACAAUGUAUUGCAAAUGAGAAGUUUUUUGAAUGUUUAAAUCAGGAAUUGGAUGGCAAACUUCUUGUACCUGAAAAAGGGUCGAUUUGGGUUGCCCAAACUAGUGAAGAAAUUUCAGGACUGCAAGCAUUGAAAACAGCUUUAGAAAACGAAGGAAGAACUUUCAGUAUUUUAUCCAAGGAAGAAAUGCUUCAACGUUAUGGUUUUGUUCCCAAUGGCCUGAUGUUUGGCGAAAAACAACAUGAUAGAGUCAUAUUCUCGAACUUUAUGAAGAUACUCAAGGAUUCUAUUCAAAAUCAAGGUGGCAAAUUUAUCGAUGGAACACUCACUACAAUUUAUGUGGACGAUCAGCAAUCAGGAGGCAUCGCUGAAUAUAACACACCUGAUGGUCAAAAACAUCAUCUUCCGUUUUCUCGCUUAAUUCUAUCGCUGGGUAACCAGCCAAUCCUUAGCACAAAUAAUAGACCUUUGUUUGAUGUUGUUGCUGCUCGAGGAGUAUCAAUAUUGGCACAUGUCUACGUACCCUUGGAAUAUCGACUACCUCCUGUUUUAGUUAGUGGUGAAACAAAUGAUGCGACAAAAUUAUCAGAAAAUCCUGUGCAAGUGAAAGAUUCGCAGGGAAAGCUUUACAAUUUGUAUUUGAUGCGAUUCACCGCCGGCGCCUGUAUUACACCAAAUGUUUCCGAUGAAAGUACUGCCAACUAUGACGGAACGAUUGCUGUAGGUCUAGUAUCUGCAAUACGAAACAUAUUAGGUGAAUCAUGUCGAAUUGAACCACUCCUUGUUCAUGGUUGCAAUCGACAAGUCUGCCGUUAUGGACAGAUUUCUUGGAUUGAACCAUUUCCAGGAAUUCAUGUGCAGUAUGGAGCGGCUGGAGGUGGCCUCACAAGAGCACCAGAUUUUGUAGCACGGUCGACUUCGCAUAGUUCAUCUUCUUGA